AUGAUACAGCCUCAGCCCCCAACACCACCACCUGCACCACUACCUAUGACUUAUGGGUUCAAGCCAGUGUAUGAACGUUUCAGAAAGCAAGCCCCACCAACCUUUGAAGGAAUAUUUGAUCCCAAGGUGGUGGAAGAUUGGUUAAGAUUAGUUGAGGCCAUCUUCGAUCAUAUGGAGUUAAAUGAUCGCCAGAGAAUCUCAUGUGCAGCCCACUUGCUUAAGUUGGAUGCGCGAAUAUGGUGGGAUGCGAUUAAACAGACUCGAGACCUGAAUACCAUGACUUGGGCAGAUUUCGUGCAGGCUUUUAGCAAGAAGUAUUACAAUGCAAUCUUGUUGGCAACCAAAGUAGAUGAGUUCAUGACUUUGGUUAAGGGAAAUUUAUCUGUCACUGAUUAUGCACAAAAUUUCGAUAGGUUCGAAAAAUUCGCUCCUGAUGUUGUACCAACUAAAGCUCUACGAGUCCAAAGGUUCAUGAGGGGACUCAAGCCUAUGAUUGCUAGGGAUGUUAAGAUAACCAAUACUGAAGUGGUCAGUUAUGCUGAUGUACUAGAUAGGGCACUUGAGGCAAAAUACUUGGAGGAUCGGAUAUGGAAGGAAAAUGCUACCAGAAAAUAG